AUGUCAAACUCUCGAAACCCUCCCAUUCUUCUCAACGACUCCAACUAUUCCACUUGGUCUUUUCUCAUGGUAGCAAAAUUGAGCAAACUUGACGCUCUCGAUGUCGUUCUAGGAACCGUCAAGAAACCGAAGCUGGAAGAUCCGGAAAAACCAACAAAAGAAGCACUUGCGUAUGAGGAAAUCAAUCGGAUUGCGUACAUUGAAAUCAUCGAACAUCUGGACAACCAUCACUUGGCUUACGUGUCCCAAAUACUAAUCGACGAAACCUCGUUCUGCGGCUUCUCUGUCUGGCAGAUCCUGAAGAAAAAAUACGCCGUCCGCGCUGCCAAUCAAAAACUCAUAUCGUCCAAGAUUGGUCUCGACGAUCAAGUCAAGAACGCAAUCAUCCUUCGCAAGCUCCCCUCCGAAUUUCAAUCGCUAAAAACUGUUCUCAGCAUCGGCUGCUCAAGCGAUACCGUAGCCAUGAUGUUGAACCGACUCGAACGACACGCAGCUCAAAACCACCUCAACCGCUCCUCGUCGAUUCCCUCUCCACAAGCGCUUCUGACCACCGAUGAUAAGUAUUAUCUCUGCCCCCAUUGCAAGAAGGGAUUCACUAUCUGCUCCCACUGUGACAAGGCUGGUCAUCGAGAAUCGAUCUGUUUUGAAAAACAUCCUGAACGAUGUCCAUCAAAGUCUUCAGCUACCUCAUCUGUUUCAAAACCCGCCGCAACAGCCCAGGCUCAUCUUGCGUACACUGUUCCUCACGGCUUCACUCCUGAGCAAGUUGAAAGCGAACGAAACUUUCAAGCGAUGCUAGCGAACCCUGAAUUCAAGAAACUGAACAUCAACGCUGAACAUCGAUUGUAG